AUCCAGGACCGUCCGUGGUACAGAACCCGGGAUGCCGUAAGUAUUUAAGAUUAGCUGUUCCCGCUAUUAUCAUUAUGGGGCACCGGCGUGGGGCCUUGGGGGAGGAGGGCAGGUUGAGGUCCAGGUAGUUGGAAGAGGGGCAGGACCCGAGGUCCAGGCAAUUGCGAGGAAGAGGCGUGUCAGCAGCAUUGGUGAGGGGUCCGUUGCCAUGGGAACAAACGAGGCCCUAAGAGGGCGCAUGCGCGGGUCGGGGACAGGUUGUUGAACCGGUGAAAGGUGACGUAAAAGCGCACGGGGUGGGGCGCAGGGCUGGGAACGUCAAAGCCCUGCGUCCUCCCGCACUCGGAGCGGCGGAAAGGCGCGCGCGCGCGCGCGGCAGCGGCGGCGACGGCGGCGACGACAGCAGCCCCAGCUGAACCGGGACGGCAGCGGAAAGGUGACGUACAAAGCAACGUGAGUGAGGCGUGAGGACGACAACCGCGCCCGGGAAGCCCCGCCGGGCUCGAACCGCGGCGGACCGGACCCAGGUCCGGCUUCCGAGGCUCCGCCUCUCGCGUUUUGGGACUAAUCGGAUUGAGAGCGCGCCGGCCCGGGCCGCGAACUCGCCAAUUGCGGAGGGCAUCGACCACUACCCAAUCCGGAGCAGACAGGUGCGAGGUCCGGAAGGCGGAGACCAAUCAGAAGCGGUUGCGGCCUGUUGGGGCCGGCCUCGGCCAAUGACAAGGCCCGAGUGACGUCUUCGCGCACCAAUCAGGAGUGAAGGAGCCUUCGUGCCCGCCCGCCCUUCCGGCCUGAGCUCUAUUUACCAGGGGCGUGCUGCCGGCUUGCCAAUCAGAGCGCAGCUAAGCGGCCAGGCAGCCAACCCGGGAGGAGCGGCCGGCCGGCGUCUGCCGCACCCAGGAGUUGGGGAUGUCCUACAAACCCAUCGCCCCCGCCCCCAGCAGCACCCCGGGCUCCAGCACCCCUGGGCCCGGCACCCCGGUCCCUACAGGUGAGGAUCCAGCUCCACCCCUGCUCGCCUGUCCGGGCGGUGGAGGUCUCGAAGAGAGGACGGCCUGAGUUCUGCAGUAGUGGGCCUGCCGGCUACCCUCGCUGAGCCUCAGUUUACUGGCCUGUGAUGUGGGCGUGGUCACGUAGGGCUUGUUGGUGAAGCACAGGGGGAGGGGUUUGUCCUGAAGUUUAGCAGCGUGAAGCCAAGCAUCCCUUUGGAGCUGGAAGUGUCCCAUCGCCGUCGGGCUCGGUGCCGGGAGCUGCUGCUCCUUUCAGACCUCUGUUUAACGACUUUGGACCGCCCUCCAUGGGCUAUGUGCAGGCAAUGAAACCACCUGGCGCCCAGGGCUCCCAGAGCACUUACACGGACCUGCUGUCGGUCAUAGAGGAGAUGGGCAAAGAGAUCCGACCCACCUAUGCUGGCAGCAAGAGUGCCAUGGAGCGCCUGAAGAGAGGCAUCAUCCAUGCCCGGGCCCUAGUCAGAGAGUGCCUGGCAGAGACAGAGCGGAACGCCCGCACGUAACAGGACUCGACUCCUCCUCGGCGUCUGGACCUUUCCUGGCCACUGCAGAGCACCUGCUUCUCCCUGGCCUUCACCCCGAGUUGCACUUCCCAUCCUGGGCUUCCUGUCCUGUGUCCUUUGGUGGGUGCCCUCCAGGAACCAGUGGGCGGCUCUCACUCCAGUCGGCAGCAGUAACUGGAACCCCCAAAAGAGGGAGCAGUGAGGUCCCUGGGAGUCCCACCCAUGACCUGCCAACAGUGUUGAUCCAGCUGGGGCUUUCUCCUUUCUGUGGCCCCACCGCUCAGCACUUACCCAGGACUUACCGUUUUCCCAGACCCCUUCUCCCCCCAGCAGAGCCUCAGAAGGCCUGUCGCCUCCCUGCCUCGUCUCCUAGGCCAUAACUCUUUUCUCGGUGUGUCUUUUGCUAAAUAUGCCCUUUUUGUAUAAAUAAAAGAUAAUUUGGAGUUGUUCUCUCA